AUGACGGAACCAAUCGACCUCCUAUGCGGUUGGCAUCCCUCAAUCGCAAACCCAGCCUUGCUUUAUGGCCCCGAUGAAGGGUAUGAACCACUUCGCAUCCACAUAGCCUCGUGGCUGAACACGUUCUAUCAGCCUUGUGAGCCGAUCUCGUUCCAGCGCAUUUGCAUCACCGGUGGGGCAAGCCAGAACCUUGCGUGCUUGCUACAAGUCUUUACAGACCCCGUCUACACACGCAAUGUGUGGAUGGUCGCACCGACCUAUUACCUGGCAGCCCGGAUCAUGGAUGAUGCCGGGUUCGCCGGGCGCUUACGCGGGGUCCCCGAAGACGACGAGGGAAUCGACCUAGACUUCCUGGAGCGGGAGCUACGCGCCGCGGAAGAGAAUGCCCUGCAGUCUGGAAAUACAGAGCCGAAGCUGAAACCACCGAGGCCCUGGCGAAAGAUCUACAAGCAUGUCAUCUAUGCCGUACCGACUUUUGCGAAUCCAUCGGGGAUGAUCAUGUCGUUGCGCAGACGGGAGGCGCUCGUUCGGCUGGCCCGUCGGUAUGAUGCGCUGAUUGUCACGGACGACGUUUACGAUUUCCUGCAGUGGUCAAUUGUCCCGGCCGAUGCUAAUUUAUUUGAGUGGGCAACGAAGCCUGAGGCGCAUUUGUCUGACCGCGCAUACAUCCCAAGGCUGGUCGACGUGGACCGUUACCUGGACGGCGGUCCGGUCGAUGAAUGGGGACAUGCAAUAAGCAACGGCAGCUUCAGUAAGCUGAUCGGCCCUGGGGCCCGCACUGGCUGGGCUGAGGCGUCUGAAAAGGUUGCCUAUGGAUUAUCACAAACCGGCUCAUCUCGAUCGGGGGGCGCACCUUCACAUCUCUGCGCCGCAAUGAUAGACCAAAUGUUCCCCACUGAGAUCCUUCAGAAGCAUAUCUGCGACGUUCUUCAGCCGCAAUAUGCGUUGCGGUAUGACCGACUACUGUCGGCAAUCAAGGAGCACCUCGUCCCACUAGGUGUGACAAUCCCCGCACCAACCGCCGCAGCUGGAGGAUACUUCAUCUGGAUCACUCUCCCAGCGCCGGUGCGCGCAUCCGAUGUGGUUGAGCGAGCGCAAACCGAGGAACAAUUACGCAUAGCCGCGGGUGAUCUGUUCCAGAUCCCUGGUGACGCUAAGGCCGGCAGUUUUUCGGACCAUCUGCGCCUCUGCUUUGCGUGGGAAGAGUUGCGCCACUUGGAAGAAGGUGUGCGUAGGCUAGCACGCGUCUUGGAGCGUAUUGUUUCGUAG